CCUUUCUUUCUCCUGUUUCCGGCCUUGCGUCUAUAGCGUAAAUAACGCGUUUUACGGUAGCUGUUGAGAGUAAGUGGCGUCAACGGCGUAGUUGGUGAAUGGGAAGCUGGGGUCUGUGCUAGCGUGCGGAGCGCGGCGGGCCCCUGAGGGACGGGAGCGUGUGAGGGAACGGGGCAGGCGCUGCCGUGGUGCGGUGCUGUGGGGUCCCUCCACAGCCGUGUCCUCUGCAAAACGGGGAGGGAGGUCGUUCCCUGCCCACAGACUAUGAAGUAUUUUCACUUGACAAAAUUGGAAAAAAAUCAGCUUGAACAAGAGGCAAUCAAGGUAGUGGCUGUGACAUAGUAGGCUAGUGACAUGAGGUGUAAAGAGGCAGGGGAGUGUAGUAGCUUUAGGCAGCUUUUUUUCCUAGUCUCUACAGUACGGCACUAUAAACAGCUAGACUGCAUACCAAGGGUUUCCAUUGUAAUUAGAAUCUGCAGCUGAUACUGUUCUGGCACUGUUGAUGUAAGAAGGGGUAUGAUGCCAGGGAGACAGUAUAUUCCCAGUACUCUUUGGUGACCAAGUUCUGUAAGAAGAGAAAAAUCUGGAUCAUAUUCCUUCUCUGCUGGGUUAGUCCUGCUCCUUGUAUCCGUAUGUACAACUACCUUAGAAGAAAAGGAAGCUAUUAGGACAAGGGGACUGUUGAGUUUACUAAGGAGCACUUUCUGAUCCAAUGAAUCCGAAGGGCUGCUAAGACCAUUUUUUUCUAAAACAAACUGCGUAUAGUUUAGUUACUCUAUUCCAACCCCGCCUUCCGAUCUGUGAAGGAAGGGGAGGAAGGGAGCUGUUGCAAGCCUGUUGCUAUGGGCACACAGCAGCAGGCAGAGCUGAUCGUGUGGCUGGGAUCCUGCCGCAUCAGCUGCUGCACGGAUUGAAUUGAAUUUGGAGGAUGAAGUCCAGCCUAAAGCAUAUGGUUCCCCCAGUGAGUAGGGACAGAAUAAUCUCCCAGUUUCCUAAGUGGUACACACCCGAGGCCUGUCUGCAGUUCAAAGAGCACUUCCAUGCGCAGGUCAGAACUGCUUGUCAGCAGAGUGCUGGAACAGUUGGGCUGAAAAUAUCCAAAGUCGUUGUGGUAGGAGACCUGUAUGUUGGGAAAACUAGCCUCAUAAACAGAUUUUGUAAAGAUAAUUUUGACCGAGAUUACAAGGCGACAAUUGGAGUGGAUUUUGAAAUUGAACGCUUUGAAAUAGUAGGAAUACCAUAUAAUCUCCAGAUAUGGGACACAGCAGGUCAGGAAAAGUUCAAGUGCAUUGCAUCUGCUUACUACCGAGGAGCAGAGGUUAUAAUAACAGUGUUUGAUCUGACUGAUAUCCAGACUUUGGAUCACACCAAACAGUGGCUGGAAGAUGCCUUGAGGGAAAAUGAGCCAGAUUCCAGCUUCAUAUUUCUGGUUGGAACAAAGAAAGAUUUGGUGUCAGAUGCUGUGUGUGAAAGGACAGAGGUAGAUGCUAUCCGCUUUGCCAAUGAGAUGCAGGCAGAAUACUGGUCGGUUUCAGCCAAAACAGGGGAAAAUGUCAAUGAGUUCUUUUCCCGAGUUGCUGCCUUGGCCUUUGAACAGUCCAUGAUAAAGGAGCUGGAGAAGACCAUGGGGCACGUGGCUCAAAUUGGGACAGGAAACCUCAUCAAACUGGAAAAGAACCUGAUGAAAAUCCCAGAAGGCAACACUCAAGCCAGCCCAAGUUGCUGCUGACUCAACUGCUUCUUAAUGUGACAUGAUUCUGGAACCAUAUGCAGUCUCAGUCAUGAACUUGUUCAUCCCUGUCUGUGGUAGGAACUCUGAGCUGGUAAGGUUAGAUUCAACGCUGCUGCUAAACUUGUAGUCACUCUUUCUGCUUUUACUGGACAAGAUAAUUUGAUCACAUUAUGUUGGGAGCAAUUUGCUACACUGCAUACUGGAAGCUGUAAUAGUAGAGAAAUAGUUUUUGCCAUUUUGUGAAAACCUUUAAAAGUUCGUGUGGGUUUAGAGGCGUGGGAAAAGAUGUUCUCCCAAGAAGACACAUGCUUGGUAAGCUCUAUGGUAUUUGCUGUAUGAAGACGUCGUUACUGAAUGCUUACUGUAGAACCUGCUCUCUGGACAUCCUACUGUUACUUGGUGUGCUGGCUGGAUCAAAAAUCGUUGCCCCAGUUCUGGCUUUUCAAAUACCCUUUGACAUAACCUUGUGCAAUUAGUUAUCUAGAAAUUGCAAUCAUUGUCUAAUAGAGGGAGAUUAACUCUGGCUACCACUUAAUUUUACAUAAGUAAAGCAGCUUCAGAAAGCUCUUUUGCUCUUUGGGCAGCAAUGACUGAUGCCAAAAGAUUCUGCUGUUUUAAAAGUCAUUCCUGCUGACAAAUGACAUUGCCAGAAAUUUGAAUGACAAAUAACAUUGUCUGAAAUUACUGUAAUAAAUAUUUGCUCAGUAUAUGUGAAACUGUGUUAGUAUGAUUGAUUUUGGUAAUUAGGUUUCAACUGUAAAAGUAGAAAAGAAGUUAAAAGGAUAAAUAAAAAAUCCUAUAAAAGUUAUAGGGAAAUGAAAUAAAUGCAUCUCACUAAACAGAAAGACUGCUUCUCUAGAAAACUCUUUAUCAGCUGCUUAUCACUUCAUAAUUCUAAGAUUCAAAUCCAGCAUUACAUGCUAUCCUGGCAUAAGAAAGAGUGAAAUAGGUUUUUGGUAAUGCUCUAAAUUUCUUAAUUGCAACUGUUUUGAAUAUGGAGAGACAGAAGAAAACCUGUGGACAAUUACAAGUUACAGUUUCAGAAGAUGUUCGUUCAAUUAUUACAAAAACUACAGUAUCUGAAAAGCUGAGAAAAUAAAUAUUUGUUAAUGAAUCUACAUACUAACUAGACUCUCAGCUAUUUUUACCCCCAAAAUUGUUUCCUAAGAAAUAGGAAAAAGUGGAAGAAAAAAUGGCUUAAAGAGCCUUUACUUUUAUUAAAAGUAAAUUACUUUUAUACUUCUAUGACUUAUGAUAUGAACUAGAGGAGCUUCAAAGAAUAUAACAAAUAGGGAACUCUCCCUCUUUCUCUUUUUAAUCAUACAACCUCCUAUUUGGUGAUUGUAUUGAUUCUGUUGGCAAACUCACAAAUGUAGCAUUUGGUAGAGAAGGUGAAUAUGUGGGGGUAUGUAAUAAGCUACUUAUGCGUGAUAUUUUGACCUUCUGAUGUUCUGUGUAUUUCGUCUCACAAAUCUCUUUCACAAGAUGAUGAAUGUGUACUCUGCUUGUACCAUGCUUUCCACUGAGUGGGCAGCAUAGCCAUGAUCUUUGUGUUCACUGAGUUUGAAUGAGAGUUGAAAAGGAUAGUUCAUUCUACUGCAGUGUUUUGUGUAUGUAUCUGAAGCAUCUUGCAUUUGUAUAAUGUUUUUCAGAAGCAAUUUUAGAAGCAGAGUGGAGCCACAUAACCACAGCUAUGUACUGUGCUGUGGAUGAGUACUGCUAUCCUCGGUUUAUGAUAGAUAAGUAGAAACUCAUAGAGGUAGUAUUUGUGACUUUUUUAAAAAUUAGUCCUCUAUUUUCAUAUGGAAAACUUUCUCUGAAGUAAUUUGAAACUCACAAUUUUGUCUUUCUUUAAUCCAGUUAUUCUCAGUUCAUUUCUUUAUUAAAGACUUUAUUGUAUGAGUAAAUGAUUCAUAAAAUAGUUAUUAUUCUAGAACUGGGUUUCAAAGUUUUGUUUGCUACUUAUGAUGAAUAAGCCUGAGCUUCAGACCAAAUU